AUGCAGGUGGUGAAAUGUCAAGCCGUCACGAAAACAGAUAAAAUUAAAUUGUUCUCUGAAGUCACCCUGAGGCAGUUUUGUGAUCUGUACCAGUGGCUGGGGCCCAGGGGCUGGACAGCAGGGGUCAAGAAGAGACAAGAUAAAGAUGGGGUAAGAUUAUUGAUUACUAAAUUUUUUUUUUCUUCUGAUGAGCUAUAAUGUCGUAUAGUUCAGCAUCUGUAUAACAAAACCUAAGUCAUAAAUCAUCUAAUUUACAAGUUAGGUCUUGUGUUGUAUUUUGACCAUGAAAAAACACUUCUGAGAGAGCUGCACUGGCUGCCGGUGCGUGCUCGGAUAGAGUAUAAAAUCGCAACGUUGUGCUACCGCUGCUUACAUGACCUGGCACCGUCCUAUCUGAAAGAGCUGCUUACGCCUUAUGUACCCACUAGAGAGCUCCGCUCAUCUGAUAGUGGCAAACUCUCGACACCACGUGUUUGUCGAUCUCAGAAACAAUCAGACACUGGAGUCCUUUAAAACAGAUUUAAAGACACAUUUAUUUCGCAAACACCUUCUGGGAUGAUUGUCAACCUUAUUUUCCAGUUAAUCCAUAAUGGCUGUGUUGCUUGGGGUUGACAUGGCUAGAAAGACUUUGCAAUUGUAUGCUAGUAAUUAGUUUUUGGAGUGUUGCGUUAGUUUUAAAUGUGGUAAAUUAUAGAUUUGUAUUUCGUUGACUUUGUACAGCGCUUCGAGCCUUUGAGGAUGAAGCGUGUUUUUGAAAUGAACUUUAUUAUUAUUAUUAUUAUUAUUUAAGAUGUGUCAACCAUAAAUAAUCUCUCUUUCUCAAAUAAAUGGUCUUGAUUGUUUGUCUCAAGGUGGAUUUAUCGAGUGAGAAAACCAGUGAAGACAAGGAAGUGGUUGCCAUUGUCGUGCAUGAUUUCUUAACAGAGCUGUGCUGCUCUCAUAAACAUGGCCUCAAUUUCUUUGACAAAACAAUGGGCACUGGAACCAGGUAAUCAAAUCACACGGAAACACUAGAAAUCAUAUAUAUAUAUAUAUGUAUAUAUAUAUAUAUGUAUAUAUAUAUAUAUUUAUAUAUUUAUAGAUGUAUAUUUAUAUAUUUAUAGAUAUAUAUAAGACUUCUAGUGUCUAUUUAUAUUUAUAUAUUUAAGUGAAGGAAAUAUCAUAAAAUGAUUAUAAAUGUAAUCUUCUAAUUACCCUCUGCUGUAAAUUUUGAAAUUUCACAUAUCCCAAAGCACAAGUCAUUUUGAAUAAAAAAAGUAAAAAUAAUACUGGAUAUAAUUCCAUUCUUCACAUAGUCCAGUAGUCAGAAAGCUGUGGCAUUAACAUAUGACUCUUUGAAGGAAUAGAUGUGGGUCUUUUUUUUUUUUUUUUUUGUUUUUAAAACCUGAAACAUUUUUUUUUAUAAAUAAUUUAUAAAAAUGGCUGCACAUUCAAAAAAUGGUGAACAACCCCUGACUUAAUGAGUGGGGUGGAAAUAUAAAAGUUACUGGAUAUAAUUCCAUUCUUCACAUAGUCCAGUAGUCAGAAAGCUGUGGCAUUAACAUAUGACUCUUUGAAGGAAUAGAUGUGGGUCUUUUUUUUUUUUUUUUUUGGUAUUAAAACCUGAAACAUUUCUUUUUAGAAAUAAUUUAUAAAAAUGGCUGCACAUUCAAAAAAUGGUGACCAACCCCUGACUUAAUGAGUGGGGUGGAAAUAUAAAAGUCAUUUAUAGAUAGAAUUUUGUUUCUUAAUCAGAAAAUAUUUUUUUAUAGGAAUCAAAAUCAGUUGCUGAGUCAUUUUUUAGUGUUGCUGGUCAAGAAGAUGGAUGAUCUUCGCAUAUGUGACCUGAUUAUAAGCAUCCUGUGUGCGUGUCCUGACCAAAUCAAGUCUGUUCUCAACAUCUUAUGUCCAUUUCUUGCUCCCCGAUGGUCAGAGAAAUGGGGCAGUCUCAUGGACUGGCUGGUUAAAGUAGGUUGAAAACAGUUUCUGUUGCAGACAGUAGAGUUAAAAAUGAAUGGGAUUAUUAAAUAACAGAGAUCCUUAACUAAAUGUUAACAUUUUGUAUGAAUUUGAAGGCGCUUGAAUUCAUUAAUCUUUUCGCUUUCACAAUGUUAAGUAUUUUUUUUUAAUGUGAAUUUUCUCACUGGCUAACCAAAUCUUCCAUGUCAUUCUUGAAGCUGUACAGUACACUUGCAGAAACAGUUCAGGUCAACACAUCAGGCGAUGUUCACAGUGUCGUUUCCAUGGCAACUGUAUUUUGUUUACCACCACCGAAGAUUGCAGCCAUUAUUGUCCAGAGUUUGAAGGUAUGAGUUGAAGAGUACGCUGUAAACUUAAACUUGAUGCAUACAAAUAUUUCAUAAUUUUUUUUAAAAGUUCCUUCGUUUCCAUAGGGCACAGUUUUUUAAUUAAUUUGAAUUGUAAAAAAAGUUUUUUUUUGGGAGUACAAUUUUUAGUAGUCUAAUUAUGUGAAAUCGACCUGAUAUUUGUUAUUUCCCUCAAAAAAAGUCUUUAAAACUAUCAAUCUUAUACUUUUAACACAUAUGUUUUUCAUCAACUGAAAUGCAUACAGCCAAACGAGGUCAGGUUAUUUUUAGUUUAAAAAUAGAGUGCUCAAAAAAUUUAUGUCAUUUAUAUUGAUUUGCAAUUUUUUUUCUCGGUGCCUGUAAACAUCCACUAACCACCCCCUCAAUACAUUUUGUUAUUUGAUGGCUGCUAUGGUUUAUGAGUCAACGCUACCUGUUUUAAGAGUCAGUGUAAUCAGUUAUUUAUAUUUAUGUAACAAUAAGAAAGACCCAUACUAUUUUUUUCUUUCAUAGCAUGAAGAUGUACAAGUACGCCACAAAAGCUUACAGCUAGUCAGAGUUCUAGCCAUGAAGGCUUCCAGCAUACACCAGCAAUUAGCCAAAUCAAAUGUGAAUACAAGUUUGGCUGAAGAAAGUCUCCUGGAUGUAUUCACCACUAACGUUCUCAAGGUUAGUAUCACGUUACUGAGAUGAAAAAAAAACCAACAAAACAGAACAACCAACUUUUUCAAUUUCAUUUUAUUUCAAGAAACCACUUCUUGAUGCCUGCCACAGUCAACAUUUCCAAAACUAACCUCAUGUUUCUACAGAUAUAUUCAGCUUGUGCCACAGUCCAUACAUUCAGCUUGUGCCACAGUCCAUACAUUCAGCUUGUGCCACAGUUAACAUUUCCAACACUAACCUCGUGUUUCUAAAGAUACAUUCAGCUUGUGCCACAUUCAACAUUUCCAACACUAACCUCAUGUCGCUACAGAUACUUUCAGCCUGUGCACUAGUUUAUGCCCCUCCAGUGUUAUUUGCCUUGUUUGUUUAGAAGUGACUUUUGUUGGGAUAUAACUGACCACACUGUGCAUCAGCUGCUGAGUGUACAAAUCCUUGCAUCGACAGUCAUUUCCACACCAAAAAAAAAACCACUAUUUAGUUUACCCUUACUUUAUGCUAUAAUCUUAUUUUAACAUUUUAUCUCUGCACCCGUUAGAAACCGUAAGGUGUUUUCUUCAUUCAAUUCAGACGCUUCCCCAAGUCACUCAGAUCUUCAUGUGUGUGGAUAGAGUCUCACAGAAAUUGUCGCAAGGAGAGAAGAAACAAGAGGAACAAGAUGUGGGUAAGGCAAUGCUUAUCCGAGAGACACUGCAGUUCCUUUUACCAUGUGACUCCUGCACGUGGGUGUGGCUGGGUCUUAAUACUUAAUAAAGGAAGCUUGCAUAAAAUUUUUUGGUUCAAGUUCACAUGAUUCUGUUUUUUAACCAUGUUUUAUUUUAAAAACUGUUUAAAAAAAAAAAAAAAAAAGGUAAAGGUAAAGUUUUAAAAUUCUAUGAAAUAAAUUGUGGAGCAAAAUACGUUUUGGCUUGCAAAGAAAAGACAGGACUGUCAGGGGGAAGUUUCGGUUAGAAGCCUUCCGCUGCAGGCAAUACUAAACAAGAAACAACAGAUAAUUUAAGUUAAACAUAGAAAUAAAACUUGUGUUUUUGAAAAUCUCAAUAAUAUCAAUGCACACUCAAUAUACAGAUACUACUUACCAGCUAAGUGCUAUUUCUUAUUUUUAUAACGUUUUUUCUGUUGUUUUGUUCGCUGACGAAGGCUUUCUGCCGACACGUUCGCUGUCUUGUUGCGUUUAAUUUUUCAGGUUUAACCAUACUCUGUUUUACUCAUUUUAUUUUGUACUAACCUGAUUGCAGUCUCUCCCCUUAUUACCCCAAUAUUUAGAGCAGGAAGAACAGAGUUCCUUCUACUUAGAUCAUUGGUUUUUAGCAUUCCAUCAUCUGGAGACUUUUGUUGUUAAAAUGAUGUUCAUUUACCUGUUAAUGCCAGGUCUGCCUGAAAAAAAAAAAUGAUUUAUAAUUGAUUAAAGCGUAAUCCCAGAUCAACAUAUCUGGUAAGCCAAAAGCUCUGCAUAAUAAAAUAUGUUCUUAAAACUUAAAAUAUAAUUAGAAGAAGUAUAACAUUAAUUCUUUUCAUGCCUUUUUUUUAUAUUUUUAAAAAUUUGCUUUAUGGUCUGACAUUAUUAUUGAAAACAGUUAUAGGAAACAUUGAAAAAUAAUACAAACCAAUUAUUUUCCCAGACUUGUCAGAGCACACUGUGACCAUUCUACAAGUCUUGAGCCUGUACCAGAAUCUGUCUCCGACCCUGAUAUCAGACAGACCAAAAGAUUUGGCCAAGCUGAUAGAAAUGGUGGGUCACCUCCAACAGAGAGAGAGUGAAAGCACUGAUGAAAAGAUGGAAGUUCAGACAGAAGCAAAGGACAGCGAUGAGGAAGAUGAGCAGACUGAUGAAGACACGCGAUGGCUACCACAGUUGUACUUGCUCAAGUUGCUGUCAGAAACAGACGCUAGGAAAAUUUCACUUGGUCGUGAGGUAAUAAUUGCAAUUUAAAAAAUCCUUGCUAGUCGCUAAAGCUCCAUGAAGGUUUACUAAAGAGGGACUCUUGUUGCUACAUCAAAGAAUAAGGCGGAACUUACUCAUUUUUUGGGGCGAAACAAUAUUAAAAUAUUUUUAAAAAUUUCCAUUUGGUUUCAAUUUCUAUGUUUUUUUUGGGCUAUUUAAAUCUUUGUGUUACUUCUUUCAAUAAGUUACUUAAUUAAAAUUAUACUGAUUUUUAAAUAUAUAUAUAUAUAUAUAUAUAUAUAUAUAUAUAAAAACUCUUUCAAUAAUUCUAAUAAAUAAAAAUAUGUCAAAAGUUUUACAGUUUAUGUGAAAAAAAAAUAUUAUCUAUAUUCAAAGCUGAAAAUCUUCAUGUUUUAUAUAUGAUUAUUAUGUUUUUUUNUGCCCACCCUAUCCCGGGGUGUGGGGGCCCCAACGCACAGCCGUGCCCAGGGCUUGCAUUGGUGUUAAUAUCGCCCUGGUUGUAUUUAACUUUUGCUUUCAGGGCUUGCUUGAAAAGCUGCUAACAUCUGCCAGCCAAAGUGGAUAUUCCAAAGAUCUUAUAAUCAGCCUCAUUUCUAAGGUGAGUUUUGAAAAAAAUAACAUAAAAAAAAAAUUAACUUUAUUUUUAUCUCGUAAAACUCUGAAAUGAUUUAUUAGAACUCACAAAAUGACAAUUUCUUUUAUUUUAAUUGCUAAUAUAAUAUGCCUUUUUUCUUAUUGCCUUUGAAAAAAAAAAUGUUCAAUUAUAAAAAUCAUUGCUUUUUGGGUAUAAUUAGUGAAUUAAAAAAAAAAAAAAAAAACUUAAAAAAAAAAAGUGCAUAAAAAAAAAUUAUUAGAGUUGUCAUUAAUAAAAAUGAUUUAAGUCAGUUAUAAUAGAUUAAAAAAGCUAAAGAUUUCAUUAAAAUUGUGUACCUAGAUGUUACAGAGUGUAGAAGUGCUCUAUGGACAUGGAAAAGAACUGAAAAUAUGGCUGGAAGCUGCACUGAGGCAGGGAUUAAAGGUGACAGGGUCUCAACCACCCCAGCCAAAUUGUGCAGUGUUCCUUGCUCGUUCCUUAGCCACCUUGAUAAAUAACC